AUGCCUCUGUCGCGGAAAUUCGAGCUCGAUGCAGAGCAGAUUGCGCUCUCCAAGAAACUCAACAAUGUGCUGCACGGCGACGAGUACGACAAGAUGAUCUCAACCAUGGGAUACCAGGACUCGGGACCCGAACUGAUCCAGGGACGCCACAGGAUCCGAAUGGCCCAAAAGAAGUACAACGACUACUUCCCGGAGGGCGCUACGCCCGAUGAGCUGGCUGAGGCGCGAACAGCCAUGCUGGAAAAGAUGCUGGGUCGAGUCGGAAAGGGAGCCUACAUCGAGCCCCCGGUGUUUUUCGACUACGGAUACAACAUGUCUGUGGGCGAGCGGUUCUACUCCAACUACAACUGCACGUUUCUGGACUGCGCUCUCAUCACCAUUGGCGACCGUGUGCUGCUGGGACCCAACGUCAAUCUCAUCACCGCCACCCACGACGUGGACGUGCAGUCAAGACGAGAUCAUGUGGAGUACGCGGCGCCUAUUACCGUUGGAGACGACUGUUGGCUCGGAUCGGGGGUCCAGGUCAUGCCCGGCGUCAACAUUGGCAAGGGAUGCACCAUUGGAGCCAACUCGGUGGUCACCAAGGACAUUCCUCCGUACUCCGUGGCGGUCGGAGCUCCGGCCCGAGUGAUCAAGACCCUGGAGGAUCCUGACGCGGAAAAGUGA